AUGUCUCCUCCCACACUCGCUAGUAGAAGCACUCAAGGCUGCUGGACUUGUCGACUGCGGAAAAAGAAAUGCGACGAGACUCACCCUUCGUGUCUCCGAUGCACUUCUCUCCAAAUACCCUGUGAUGGCUAUGGCCCGAGGCCUUACUGGAUGGAUAGGGGAGAACUACAGAAGGAGCGGGCUCGCUACAAGACGCAGAUUGUUGCCCAGAUCAAGUCGGCUAUGCGAAAGAAUAAAACACCCAACACAUCGCAAAAUCCUGGACUGCCUCCGGCACACCUAACACAAGAACCGACCUGGCAGAGUGGGCUUGGGCAUGCGUCCGAACGCGAAGUUCAGCCUUUUGGCGGAGAUGGGCUGAUACGGAAUGAAGCGCUUGGCAGCGCUGACUUUUCGGCCGAACUCCUCGAUGAAAUACUCAGCUCAAGCAUAUAUGGUCGAUCCUCGUCCGACGCCUUUCGGACAACCUCGGCGAGCACAUCGCCCGCCACCGAAGGAAGCAAUGUCCAAAGUUACGGGGAUGUCUCCAGACCAGAUUCCCAACCCGAAGCAAACGUAGAGACUAUUAAUUCGUUAUGCGACCCGAUAUUGAGUGAAUAUUGCUCGUCCGAAUCGUCUGGAAGCAGCAGUAUAGCGGACUGGCCACUUUCCGCCCAAACGAAUCCGUCUUCAGCUCUCACACGUCUUGUUUCUUUGCCUGGUCAGAGCGAUCCGAUUUUACGUGGAGAUGUGGAAGACAUCUUAUUCAUGUAUUAUCUCGAUCAUGUUUUCCACAUUUAUUGUCCUUUUUACUUGCUCUCCCACCGGCAAGCUCGGGGUUGGCUGUUUUCGAUCUUGAAGCGGGUGAAAUCGGCCUAUCAUGCAGCGCUAGGUUUGAGCGAAAUGCAUCUUGCGACUUCGACUCAGCAUAGCAGCUCUCCUGUAACAAUAAGAGCUGGCGGACACUAUGAACUGGCUCUCCAAGAAUUGCAAGUCAGCCUCGCACGAUCCUCUGCAUGGGGCGGAAACCUAGGUCUAGCCCACAAUGUCGAAGUUCUUACCACCAUCCUACACCUCUUGUUCUACGAAGCAUCCCACGGCGGUCGAUACAACUGGCAGAUGCAUCUUGGGGGAGCAACGGCCCUACUUCCACUGCUUGUACAAACACAGAUGGGGUCGAUUGCAGCAAGGAAUGAUCGCAUUCAUGAGCAGCAGGAUGUAAUAAAUUCGCCUCCCGAUACUUCAGUAAGCUUUCUGCUCGGUUUCUUUGUACACAUGAACAUUAUCGCCUGUGCCUCAACUCGAUCAACACAGUUCUUGGAACCAGACCCCAAGCUCUUGCUCGAAACAGGCGAAAUCAACCUGGAGGAUCUGACAGGCUGCAGUAACUGGGCUAUGGUCUUGAUCUUCGAAAUCUCAUGCCUAGAGAGGUGGAAAAGGGAAGAGGAAACGGCUCAUAGAUUGAGCCUGAUAGAGUUGACGAAACGUGGCCGUCGAAUUGAGGAGCGUCUACUGAACAGACUGGCAAGCAUCGAGAGCGACCCUUCGCAAGGAGCUCCGGUCAAGGGCUAUCUGCGACCAGACUCCGUCAAAACCGAGAUAACGAGAAUUUUUGCUCUCUCGGCUAUGACCUACCUCCACGUAGUCAUCUCUGGUCCCUAUCCCGAGAUUCCAGAUAUCAAGAAGAGCGUGUCAAAAACAAUGGAAGCUUUUCAAAAUUUAUCAGACCCGAAAUUGUUACAAUAUGUAGUCUGGCCGUACUGCAUCUCUGGAUGCCUAGCAUCCGAUAGAGGGCAAAAGGUUUUCCGAGACCUCGUGUCUGUACCACACAUAACGCACGGCACGUGCUUAGAGGCCUUGAAGAUUAUGGAAGAAUGCUGGCGGUUGAGGGAAACGGAAUCAUCCAGUUGCGACUGGGUACACAUAAUGGAAAAACGCGGUCAGUAUAUUCUACUCAUUUAA